CCGCUGUGAUGCUCGCCGACAAACUCUCGUCUGUGACUCUUUUUUGUCUGAUCUCGUGGUUCUUUUCCCCAGUACGUGACUUGGACACUGUGUACAACCUUGGCUCGUUGCCUUGUCCAUGCAACUUUCCGCCGCUUCGUGGCGGGACUUUGACGGUCAAGAGGAGAUUGUCGAAAAAGUGCUUGAUUCCGAUACUAUCCACAUUCCCCAUCCCACCAAAGAUUCGGACGCAAAGCAUACCUAUCACGGCUGGGCGAGUAGAUGUAGCUGACUGGUAGGCAACCCUUCUUCUUGCGUCUUCGUUGGACAUGCAGCAAAGAGGGCGC